AUGGCGGCCACCAACCCCACGACAGGCCCUAUCCAGGUCGAUUCCCAGAUUCCCUCCGUGGAUCCCAUCACGGAGAAGAACCGCGUCUCUGAGGAUGUCGACGAGCUCAAGAGUGAGCACAGCCAAGAUGACGAGCCCCUCGAUCUCUUCAGCCCCUUCCCCGAGGUUAAGGGCAUCGAGCCCGAAGAGAACCCUCUCACCGUCCGUGCUGUCCUGACGGGUGUCGUUCUCGGCUCUCUGGUCAACGCAUCAAACGUCUACCUCGGAAUGGACAGUCAUACUAACGCAGUCAAAUCAGGUCUCAAGACUGGUUUCACCUUCACGGCCACCAUGUUCGGUGCCAUUUUCGGUUAUGCCAUCGUUCAGGUCCUCGCCAAGAUGGCGCCCAACAUGCCCCUCAUCGGUGGCCGCUUCGGACCCCAGGAGAACUCCAUCAUCCAGGCUGCCGCCACCGGCGCCGGUGGUAUGUCCGGUGUCUUCGUCGCCGGUCUCCCCGCCAUGUACCAGCUCGGUCUCAUGUCGGACAACCCUCGUGACGACUUCCCCCGUAUCCUGACCAUCACCGUCGUCUGCGCCUUCUUCGGUCUCUUUGCCGCCGUGCCCCUCCGCAAGUUCUUCAUCAUCAACGUUGCUCGUGAGCUGAACCUUGUGUUCCCCAGUCCUACUGCGGCUGCUCUGACCAUCCGUUCCAUGCACGCUGUCGGCAGCGGUGCCGCGGAGGCCAUCAAGAAGAUCAAGACUCUCGGAUACUGCUUCAUCGGUGCCCUCGUCCACAUCGUUGUCUCUCAAUAUGCCGACGGUAUCCUCCACAACUGGCACAUCUUCACUUGGUUCUACGCCUGGAGCGGAUACUCCAACUGGGCCAUGAACAUUGAGAACUGGGGAUGGUACAUCCAGCUCACCCCUGCCUUCUUCGGCUCCGGUAUGCUCGUCGGACUCAACGCCGCUCUCUCUUGGUGGCUCGGCACCUUCGUUGCAUGGGGAAUCAUUGGUCCCACCUUGGUUCACUACGGAGAGGCUGUCGGUGUUGCUCGUCAGCCUGAUGACCCGAAGUGGCACGACAGAAUGAACUUUGGCGUCAUGAAGGUCAGCAGCGAGCCCGGCUUCGUCCCCUCCCCCCGUUACUGGAUGCUCUGGCCUGGUGUCAUGGUUCUCGUCGCCUACUCCAUGGUCGAGUUCGUCCUUCACAUUGGUGUCAUCAUCGACGGUGCCAAGUUCGCUUUCCGCUCCGGUGCCCGCUCCGUCAACAACCGUCUCCAGGCCAAGGGCAAGUCCAACGACUUUUUGGCCAAGCAGGCUGCCAAGGCCGAUGUCAAGAGCGGUCUCGUCGAGGACUUUGCCCCUCCCAACCAGCAGGUCCCCAUCUACGUCUGGGGUAUCGGAACUCUUCUCUUCGUGGCCGUUGCUUGCAUCGUUUGCCAUGUUCAGUUCCACAUGAACGCCGGUCUUGCCGUCCUUGCCUGCCUCCUCGGUCUUCUCUUCGCCUUCCUCAGUAUCCACGGUGGCGCUGUCACUGACUGCACUCCCCUCACUGCAUCUGCCAAGGCCUCCCAGCUCGUCUUCGGUGGUAUCACCUCCGGCCAGGGUCUUGAGCCCAAGCCUGCCCAGCGCAUCAACCUUAUUGCUGGUGGUAUCGCCUCUGGUACUGCUGAUGUCGCUACCGCCCUUGUUAGCGACUUCCGUGUCGGUUUCCUCCUCCGCACUCCUCCUCAUCUGCAGUUCUACGCUCAGGCCAUUGGUGCUGCUGUUUCCGUCUUCCUUGCCCCUGGUGUCUUCGUCCUCUUCAUGGCGGCUUACCCUUGCAUCUGGCACGAGCUCGGUGCCAACGACAAGUGCGAGUUCGCCGCCCCGUCCGUCCUGGCAUGGCGUGCCGUCGCCGAGGCCGUCACUCUGCCCAAGCUCCCCAUUACCCAGUCUUGCGGUAUCUUCACCAUCGUCAUGGGUGUCGUCUGCGCCCUCCAGGCUGUCUUCAAGAACUUCUACCUCGUCGGCGACCGCAUGAAGUACCGUGACUACCUCCCCAACUGGAUGUCCAUCGGUGUCGCCUGGGUUCUCGGCCCCGACAGCGGUUACGCCAACGCCAUCAUGUUCGGAUCCAUCACUGCUUGGUGGUGGCAGAAGUACUUCCCCAAGAACUUCGAGAUGCACUGCUUCGCCGCCGCCGCCGGUCUCAUUGCCGGUGAGGGCUUCGGAGGUGUCAUUAACGCUGCUCUCGAGCUUGGAGGUGUCGCUGGUGGCUCCGUGGGUACCAUGGUCGCUAUUCCUGGCGAGGUAUGGUAA